AUGGGGUCAUUGGAUUCAGCACUUUCGGUGCUUGAUGAGAUGGAGAAGGUUGGCUUGGAGCCUGAUUUGAUGACGUUUAAUACCCUUCUCAACGCGUUUUAUCAGAAUGGUAGCUAUGCUGAUGGCGAGAAGAUAUGGGAUUUAAUGAAAAAGAAUAAUGUUGUUCCUAAUGUUAGAAGUUACAAUGCCAAGUUGCGAGGAGUGAUUUCAGAGAAUAGAAUGUCAGAAGCAGUUGAAUUAAUUGAUGAGAUGAAAACCAGUGGGAUCAAACCUGAUGUGUUUACUCUCAAUUCUUUGAUGAAAGGCUUUUGCAAUGCUGGAAACCUAGAGGAAGCUAAAAGGUGGUAUAGUGAAAUUGCGAGAAAUGAGUUGCCUCCUGUUCGGGCUACUUACAUGACGCUCAUCCCAUUUCUUGUUGAAAAGGGUGAUUUUGAUAUGGCUACUGAGCUGUGCAAGGAAGUCUGCAGCAGGCGCUGGCUUAUUGAACCGGCUUUAUUGCAGCAGGUGUUGGAGUGGCUGGUUAAAGAGUCAAAAAUUGAAGAAGCAACUGAGCUUGUGGAAUUGGCAAAGUUGAAGAAGUUUCGCAUUACACUGGAACUGCCUUCAGAUAAAUAG